CCACACGCGCCACACAUCCUUCAAAAAAACAAGGAUACACCAUUUAAAUAUCGCGCGCAAACGAAUGCAACGCAUGCUAUCGGACCGGGACUAUCGGACCACUGACGAAUCGAACUAUACACGCGCAGCAAACUUCGGACGUUUACCAGCACAGGCACGCGCUGAGCGAAGAGAACAGCUGACUUGCGAUACGUGCGUGUUUCGCGGCAGGAAUUACAUAAAGUUUUGAGCCUCUGACGCCAUACUCCCGAACAUUCUCCAUCGGUCCAACUCCCUGCGAAAGAUCACCCAAUCCCCACCAUGUACAGAAUAGCUGCCCUUGCGCGGGAUCGCGCGUGCUUCUUCACCUGCCAACAGGCCUCGCAGAAUCUGCAGCAGCAGCAGGUUAGACUUGGGCUUAUAAAACCCCAAGCAGCAUCCGGAUUAAGUCAUGACUUUAUUCCGCAGCCGCGCUUUUACAGCGCGCCAGGUCGCAGGGCCGGCUUCUUCUCGCAGUUCUUUGACAACAUGAAGUCUGAAAUGGACAAGAACAAGGAGAUUAAGGACAACAUUCGAAAGUUCCGAGAGGAGGCCCAGAAGCUUGAGGAGUCGGACGCUUUGAAGUCGGCGCGACAAAAGUUCAACAUUGUCGAAUCGGAGGCUCAAAAGUCAUCAAGCAAGCUGAAAGAGCAGCUGGGCGCCAUCAAGGAGCGCGUCGGCGAUGUUCUGGACGACGCGAGCAAGUCGGACCUGGCCAAAAAGGUCACUGAGGAGCUGUCAAAGAAGGCAAAGGGCGUCAGUGAAACGAUCUCGGACACCAGCGGUAAACUGGGCCAGUCGGGCGCCUUCCAGGCGAUCUCUAAUACGACGACGAUCAUCAAGAAGGAGAUGGAUAACGCUAGCAUAGACAAUCGGGUCUAUCGCGCGCCCGCCCAGCUGCGCAAGCGCGUUCAGGUGGACCUGAGCGAUAGCGAUCGCGUUUUCGAGCCGAACACAGAGGCAACAGGAAUGGAGCUGCACAAGGACUCCAAAUUCUACGAGUCUUGGGAGAACUUCAAGAACAACAAUACCUACGUAAACAAGGUGCUCGACUGGAAAGUGAAGUACGAUGAGUCCGAGAACCCCGUGAUCCGCGCCUCCCGCCUGCUAACCGACAAAGUCUCCGACGUGAUGGGCGGCCUCUUCUCGAAGACUGAGCUGUCCGAAACGAUGACGGAGCUGGUGAAGAUCGAUCCGAGCUUUGAUCAGAAGGAUUUCCUGCACGACUGCGAAACGGACAUCAUUCCAAACAUUCUAGAGUCGAUUGUCCGCGGUGAUUUGGAGAUACUGAAGGACUGGUGCUUCGAAAGCACGUUCAACAUUAUCGCCACGCCCAUCAAGGAGGCGAAAAAGGCCGGUCUGUACCUCGACUCGAAGAUUCUCGAUAUCGAGAACAUCGAACUGGCCAUGGGCAAGGUGAUGGAGCAGGGCCCCGUGCUGAUCAUCACGUUCCAGGCGCAACAGAUCAUGUGCGUUCGGAACCAGAAGAGCGAGGUGGUCGAGGGCGAUCCGGAGAAGGUGAUGCGGGUGCACUACGUCUGGGUGCUGUGCCGCGACCGCAACGAACUCAAUCCCAAGGCUGCCUGGCGGCUAAUGGAGCUGUCCGCGAACAGUCAGGAGCAAUUUGUUUAGCGCGCUACCACGCGCUUCUUUUUUACCGAGCCGUUUAAGUUUCCCUCAUUCUCUCAUCCACAAAACGAACGAAAAGAUCACUGGACACUGAGCAUUGACGACGAAUUGACCACGAACUCGACCCGCAGGACUCUACCAAGUGUGUACAAAGGUUUCGCUUUCGAUUGCUUUGAAAGUUUUGUCCGCCACUAGUCUGGACUGCGUUCGCCCGGCAGGGGCUGCUGGUCGGUCCCGGGAAAGAUUCCCCCACAAAUUCCGGGCGCAGCAGGCUGCCGGCUUCGGCGCGGCUCAUCACCCCCAAACGACGCCCCCGGUCGGACGUUCCUUGCGGCCACGCCCCCCACCGGUCAACAUCCGGCGGAGAGUCGGCAAUAACGAUCGGUGCGGGGCUUGGCCGUCCGGAUCGUGGUUCCUCCGCUGGUGUCCUCUCCAAAUCUAAUUACGUUGAAGCUUAAAGUGCUAACGCCGGCAUAGGCGUACAAGUAGUAACCAUAAGACAAAUUGUUGAGUAUAGUUGAGUUUAGGUAUUUUAAGGCCCCACCCACCCCAUCCCGACCCCAUUAUCUAGAUCCCGACCCUGCCUCUUGUAAAUAUGGAAUUCGCCCAGGGCGGCUUGGGCACGGAAAAUUGACUGUACACACAGAAUCCAAAGAGUUGUACGUACUCCCGAGCGCCACUCAGAAUGUCUAGAAAAAAAUAAAAACUUCAAUAUUUUUUACUACCAUUGUAGAAACUGGUUAGUUCUUGAGAUAUAAGUGUUAUGUUGCCUUACCCUUUUCACGGACAUCCAAGGCGCCAGGCUACUAUGUGUAGAUAAUAAAAACUCCAAUACUUUUA